AUGUCGGCCAUUCCGGACACGCCAGGGGGGCCGAAUAAGGUCGAUAGCUACGAGUUCACACCCAUAGGAUUUGUGAAACCUGCAGAGAGAAAAAAAAUAUCUCCUGUAGAUGACGAGACGCGAAAGAGAUUGUCAGAACAUUCUGAUAUCGAGGAUGAUGAACCUCCCCAGAAAACGUACAAGCAUGAUAAUACUCUGAACUCCACAAGGAUUUUCAAUGAAUCUUCAUUCGACGACACGCUACCAUUACAUAAUGGGAUGUCCGAAUUUAGGAAGAAUCUUGUCGCAGAAUUAGUGGACACAGAAAUUGUUGGCCAAAAUGGAUCGGCUUCAAAUCCAUUGAAAGAGCAGCAAGAAUCGCUCCACAAACUGAGUAUGGAGAAUUAUAACCUAAGGGUUAAAUGUAACAGUUUACUGAAAUUUUUGAAUAACGUCACAGACGAUGGGGAACUGAGGAAGAAUUUAGAAAUCUUAGAUGAGAUUCAACAAUGGAAAAAUAAGUACCAGUCCCUUAGUCGAGCAUACCGUGACUUGCAAAAAAAAUGUGAUGAACCAGAGAGGGGUGAGGGGGAUUCCAAGAGAGAAGAGCUUGAAAGUAAGGUUUCCACUUAUGAGCUCGAGCUUUCCAAAUCGAAAUCUGCUCUUGCAAACUUAGAGAAGAGAGUUUCAGAGUUACAUGUUGAAUCAGGGCAACGGGACGAGCAACAUAAAGCAAGUGUGGGGGCUCUAAGAUUAGAAAUGUCGGAUUUGCAGGCUUCGAUUGUGGACAAGACGCGUGAAUUGGAAGAAUCGCGCAAGAAAAUUGAACGUUUGAGCAAUCAAUUAUUAGAGUAUGAUCAUCAAGGUGGAUCUCUUUUGGAGUUAGAAAAACAAUUGGAUUUGAAAAAUGAAGUCAUAAGGAAUUUAGAGACUAGGCUUCGAGAAUCGAACCAUGAACGUCAAUCGCUUGAACGCCAGCUUGACGGCAAGAGCACAGAGCUGGGAAAACUAAAUCUUCAGCUUGAACAAGAUCGCAAAGAGGCAAGCCAAAAGUUAACAGAAGCCAUGGCCAGUUCCGCUGCUACAGGUAAUGAAGCCAAGGAUGAACUUCAUAGUGUUUUAUCUCAAUACGAUACACUGAAAACUCAGUUUGGGACUCUCGAAAAGGAAAACGAAGCAUUGAAAGAGGGGCUCAAAAAACGCGACGAACAAAUGACUCAAUUGCAAGACCGCAUACGAAAACUACAGAAUGAGUUGUACACCGAACAAGCUUCUGUCGGUGCCAAAGCUUCUAACGAGGAAAGGAAAUUGAAAGAAAAGCUAAGCAAACUGACUGAAAAGCUCGAACAGCUAUCAGUCAGUAAGCAGACGUUAGAGAAGGAGAAUGAGGCAUUGAAGAAACAAAUCAUCGCGCAAAUUUCAAAAUCCCCAAAUCUCAAACAGAAUAACAGAAGGGUACUAGAGAAAGAGAAGGAAAUUAAACUUCUUAAAUCAACAAUACAAGAUCUCGAAAACGAGGUAGCCCAGUACAGAAGAGAUAUUAGUGAAAUAAAACGUACCCAUUCGACCAAGAUGAAUGAACUAGAAAUUCAGCUGCAGAAUUCAGAAAGCAGGCCUUUGCUCCAAAGCAAAAAGUUACACAAUGAAAUGAAUAUUUUGAAGCUUGAGCUGGAAUCUGUAAAAGACACCAAACACAGAGAGAUUUUGAUAUUGCAAGGCAAAUGUGAUGCACUUAAAGCUGAAAACGAGCAAUUGCUCAAACAAGAUGAUAAUCAUUCGAACCAAUUACGGAAGCUGUUAAAGGAAAAACAGCAAGAAUUGACCGAUCUGGCUCAGAGAUGUAGCGACCUAACGAUCGAAAAGCUGCGCCUCGGUAGAGAUCUAACCCAAAUGAAGGAAACAAGCGCCAAACAGAAGGAGGAAUUGAAGGCUACAUCUUCUAAGUUGGAUUACAUCACAAAUGAAUUUGUGAAACUGCGGGAGACUGCCGAAAGGCCUUCCUCAGCACUCAAUUCUAAUAUUGCGGAUAAGUGGGCUGGGAAAUAUCAAUCCAUGAAGCAAAAACUUCUGAAUGAAGUUAAAAUGUUGCAGGACGAAAAUCUAGCUCUAGAGAAACGACUGCUCGAAAGAAGAGGAGAAGCUAGACCAAUCUCUAAUGCCACUGAUGGCUCUCUACUGCAGGACGAAGUAGAUUACUAUAAGCUGCGGUAUCAUCGGGAAGUGAAACAAAACAAUGAUCUGAAAGUUAUGAACGAAUAUUUAAAUCGCGUGCUCAGAGCUGGUUCUCAACACUUGCGGUUAGACAUUCUUAAGCUGGAAAAUGAGGUACCAGGAAGUGACAAGGUUUUUGGCGCAUAUCCGUCUCGUUUAAAGUUCAAGACUGUGGCAUUGUUUGUGCUGGCCUGUGUUCGUUUCAGGAGCGUUGCUCUGAAACAUAGAUGGGACGACCAGCGUCUUACGUAUCUGCAAAGGAAGAUUGUGAUGGACCAGGAAAGAAUAACUUGGUAG